AUGAAUCCAAUACGUCGCAAUACCUUAACUUACGUCAAUGAACCGUGUCUUCCUCCUUCGGCGUGUGCAGCCAUCGACAGCCUGGCUGCCUGCUCUGCCCGUGCCCAGGGACUGCGGAGGCCCAUCUCCACUAUCCGCUCCCUUCAGGCAUCAGAUGAUCACAUUCUUUACAUACUUGCCUCUACCGCGAGCAACGUCGCCGACACGCCUCCUCCCUCUGCUUCUUUCUUGUCUUCCCCUCCUUUUGUACCCUCCCCGCCCUGCUCCCAGCCCGCCGAGGCCGUGACACCCUCCACGUCCCCGCCGUACAUCUUCAUCCUACCGUCUUCUGCCUCCUUCAUUGCCUUUGACCUGCCGCACGCUCCUUCAUCCCCUUCCUUGAGCAGUCCAUUAUCGCCAUCCUCAUCACUUCCAUGCACGGCGUCGACACCCUCCCCCGCUGCCUCUUUCCCUUCCUCCCCCUCCUCCUCUUUCCUCGCCCUGGGCCUUCUCAAGCUAGGCCAAAAACACCUGUACCUGACAAAUCCUCAAGGACAGGUAAGGACGUGCGAAAGCAAGAGGACAGACCACCCUGCAAUGUCAGCGCCGCAUAUUGACAUGGUUUCUUCUGCCGACCUUCCCUCCCCUCCUUAUUCCCUCCCCCCUUCCCUUCGUCUCUCCCUCCAGCUCGUCGAAACCAAUCCCUUUUGCCUCCUCGACUUCUUCAUCGCCUCCCCCUGGCAACGGAAGGGUCUGGGCGCCUCCUUGUUGCGCCUGGCGCUGUCUCACGAAGGGAUUUCUGGGCCCCACUGUCUGGCCUUCGACCGACCCUCCCCUCGACUCCUCCCCUUCCUAGCCAAGCACUUUGCCUUGAAGAAACACCGGGCCCAGCACAACCAUUUCCUUGUCUACGACGACUUUUUCUCCCCCUUCCCUUCUCUCCCUUCCUGCUCCGUCACCUCCUCCUCCCCUCCCUGCCCGCCCUGGUGCUCCUCUGGGGGGCCGUUGCCCUUUGUGAAUAAUCACUCUCUCGAAUGA